UUGUUUUUUUUACUGAAAUUCACUUGCGUUGAUUUAUGUUUAAAAAACCUUGUCUGAAAAAUGAUACCAAUUAUAAUAUUUCGGAAAAACGUAUUCAAUUUUAUAGUGUUAAUUGUUAUUAUCCUUCUGAGUACGAAAGAUACCCUCCAACAAGAUCCGUUCCAGUGUGGAAUACCGCAGAUUAGCAGAUCCGAGCUAAUAGUACAGGGCCACGAUACUAUAGCAGGUGCAUGGCCCUGGCAUGCAGCGAUCUACCACAGAAAUCGUCGCUCGGAUAGCUACGCCUGCGGUGGAACGCUUAUCAGUGAACAAUUCGUUUUGACGGCAGCACACUGCGUUUUCGAUCCAGAUAAUAGACAGCAAUUAGUGAAUCACCGCAUCUUCGUUCGACUGGGUGUUCACAAUUUGGAUUUAUUGAAUAGAAAAUCCUUCCAGCAGCAUGAAAUCCAUAAGAUUUACAAACCUAUCAACUCUACCGGUGAUGACUUCAGGAAUGACAUUGCUAUACUGGAAUUGAGCACGUUGGUUGUGUUGGAUGAUUUCGUGCAACCGGCUUGUUUGAGUCUAUCGAAAGAUCUCACCAAUCAAUAUGGAACAGUGAUUGGUUGGGGAGUGGCAGAGAAUGAUGAUAUUUCCCGAAUUUUGAAAAGCACUCAGAUACCUGUAGUGGAUGCUGUAACUUGUCUCAAAAGUAACCGGAAAGUGUUUGGAAACACUUUGGACGAAGGGAUAUUCUGCGCUGGCUAUACGAACGGUACCAGCGUGUGCAACGGGGAUAGUGGUGGUGGAUUAUUUUUCAAUGUAGAUAACGCCUGGUACUUGGGAGGAAUUGUAUCCUAUUCGAAACCACGUGAUGGCAGCAAUCUCUGCGAUCCCAAAAGCUACGGAGCAUUUACCAAGGUGUAUACAUAUUUGCCUUGGAUUUCAUCAGUUACUAAACUGAAGUUUCUCAAAGACGAAGAAGCAUUGACAGCAGAUGAUUUACGUCCUGAACUUGACAGUUGUGAACCGUCGGACGUCGAUCCAUCGAAGACUUAUACAAACACAUUAUUGCCUCGUAAUUGUGGCGUCUACCUAACAAAUCGGAUCAUAAAAGGGAAUCGAACGGAUGUUUUUGAAUUUCCCUGGAUGGCACUGAUCCUGUAUAGGACACCGCAUAGGGUAUGCGCUGGAACUCUGAUCAGUAAACGUUACGUUCUCACAUCUACCCGUUGUACAUGGGCGUAUAUCGAACCGAUUAAAGUUCGAUUGGGAGAGCAUACCAUUGGACAGGAUAGGGAUUGCAAUGGACUAGAUGAUAACAGCGAUUGUGCUCCACCUGUUCGCGACUAUCGAAUUGAAUGUAUUAUACGACACCAGAGCUACACUCCCGGAACGAUAUCACAUACCAUCGCUCUGAUUCGGCUGGACAGGAACGUUCAAUUCGAAGAUCAUAUUCAACCAAUCUGUUUACCGGUCACCGAUUUCUUGAAGAAAUUAAAUCCUCAAAAGUACAUUAUCACGGGUUGGGGCGAUACAGAACUGGAACGAAAGUCAAUGCAGUUACUUAAGACUUUCGUUACCUCUGCUAAACCAUACUUCUGCCGGAGUUGGAUACAUCCGGUUUUUAGGAAGCGAGAUCAGAGGCAACUUUGCGUGAAGCAGACAGAUGGACCGGAUGCGUGCCUUGGAGAUAGUGGAGGACCAUUAGGCUACAGUGCUCCGUACAAUGGAAUGCGCUUCAUACAGUUCGGAAUUGUAUCGUUUGGAUCCGGGUGUGGCGCUGUCCCUUCGAUAUACACCAAAGUUGCUUACUAUAUGGAUUGGAUAUCCGCGAAUAUGAAAUCGUAAUCCUAUUAAUGUACGUUUGUGUUACGCAAUGGUUCAAUAAAAUAAGCCUUAUUCAAAUUUUGAAUUAUUAACUAUAGUAUUCGAACACGCGUACAUUUUUCCUGAUGUCACGAUCUGAAUUUAACAUCUUAUCUCAUCUUAGUGUUUUUGAAUAGGUACUUCCAUAGUUUUUACCUGAGA